AUUUGUCUUGUAAAGUCAAAAUCCAGCUAUUUGUAUUUAAAAUACAUUUUUUUGUCAAGUGUCUAUAAAAUGAUAUUUUAAUCUAGUUUGAAAAUGUUUAUCUUGCCAUUUUGCAAAAUAACAUUGGUUAAUGAAUAAGGCACAUACAUUUCAGUUUUUGCUUUUUACAUCCACACUGAAUAGGUUUCUUAGUGAUACAGGUAUAGCCACACCUAAUCCAAAUACUAUAAAUUUAAUUAAAGUUCCCCUUUGCAUUUGCUUUAUAGUAGUGUUCAAAUUAUGCAAUCUAUACUCUUGAGGAAUCUGGCAUUUGAUUAAAACAGCGGUCUGGGCAAUACAAUCAAUGCCAUUAAUGUGUAGUUGGCAAUUCAUGAGUUUGGCAGACGUAACAACAGGACAAGAGAACCUCCUGCUUUCUAACGAAAUGAAAGGGGUGGGGGGAAGAACCAAAGCUCUCCAAAUGUGCAGGGCUAAGAAGAUCGAAAUUUCCAUCUUUGGUUAGAAACUGGCGAUGAUGUAUGGCGUCAUUACAAAACUAAAAUACUUUUAUAGUCGACCCAAGAGAAAAGUGAAAGUUACUUUUAAAGUUGCGACGGACAUUUGGCUUUUAAAUCCUUAAAGGUCUGUUUAAACUUGGCAAUGAUGAGAUCUUAUUUUCCUGGGAAGCUCUUUUGGAAACCUUUGACCCUCAACACCUUCUCCUGGCAGGUGCUGGGAGCAACGGAACGAAAGUCAGACAGACCUCAGUUGCCCCGACGCGUUGGAGCCUAUCAGUCCGUCCUGACAAGUUUCCCCCACCCCCGACCUAGUUCUCUGCAAGUCCAGGCUCUUCUGCUUGUUAGUGUCGCGGCUGGCCCAACUUACAGGCUGACUGAGGACUCUUCUUUCCUCAGAUUUUUUGAUCUGCAGAAUGCUUCGAUAUUCAUGUUUUAGUAGAAUGUACAAAGGACUAUUUUACUGCUGGGUGGAGUCCGGUGCAUUUAAUUUGGGUAUCUGUCCCCAAGCAAUGCACACUUCAGCAGCAGUGCAUGCUGAAUAUGAAUCUCAGGAAGAGACAGCUCUGUGUGGCCCUAGGAACGUUCAUAGAUCUGCAGAGAAAGAUUCUGAAGCCAUGACUAAACUGCAUAUUCCAGUAAUGGUGGAUGAAGUUAUUCAUUGCUUGACACCUCGAAAAGGGCAGGUCUUUCUAGAUAUGACAUUUGGUGCAGGAGGACACACAAAAGCUAUUCUACAGAAGGAACCAGAUAUUACUGUCUAUGCUUUAGACCGAGACCCAACAGCUUAUGCAAUAGCCAAGCAGCUUUCACAAGUGUAUCCGAAACAGGUCCAAGCUUUGUUAGGCCAAUUCAGCGAGGCAGAGGCUUUGUUAAUAAAAGCUGGAGUGCAGCCAGGAACUGUUGAUGGAGUUCUUUUGGAUCUGGGGUGUUCCUCCAUGCAACUUGAUGCUCCUGAGCGAGGUUUCUCCCUUCGGAAGGAUGGUCCUUUGGACAUGAGGAUGGAUGGAGACAGGUAUCCUGACAUGCCCACUGCUGCUGAUGUUGUGAAUGCUUUAGAUCAACAAGCACUUGCAUCCAUCCUGAGAGCAUAUGGAGAGGAGAAGCAUGCCAAGAAAAUUGCUUCUGCAAUCAUUCAAGCACGCAGCAUAUACCCUAUCUCCAGAACCCAGCAACUUGCCAGCGUUGUUGCAGGUGCCUUUCCUACCUCAGCUGUCUAUGCAAGAAAGGACUUGCUACAAAGAUCUACCCACAUUGCUACCAAGACGUUCCAAGCUCUUCGCAUCUUUGUGAACAAUGAGCUCAAUGAACUCUAUACAGGACUGAAAACAGCACAGAAAUUUCUGAAAACUGGUGGUCGUCUUGUUGCGCUUUCCUUCCAUUCUUUAGAAGAUCGCAUUGUCAAACGAUUUUUGCUUGGGAUAAGUAUGACAGAAAGAUUUAACCUCAGCAUUAGACAGAAGGUAAGACAAACGGCACAGCUGGAUUCAAAUCAUGAGAGUGAGGGGAGCAGCUCUGGAAGAGCUCCUCUGAUGUGGGAUCUGAUUCACAAGAAGGUACUUACCCCAGAAGAUCAAGAUGUCCAAGACAACCCCAGAGGGCGCUCAGCCAAGCUCAGGGCAGCUAUCAAAUUAUGAGGAUCUUAUCAUCAAAGUUUUCUUCUAUACUUCUAAUAUUUUUCUAAUUGAAAACAUAGUUUCUGAACAGUUUAAUGCAAUGUAAAGUAUGGGACAGCCUGGAAAUUAGUGGUAUUUAGUAUUUUUUUCUCUAAAGAUAAUAUUGGAAGUUUUAACAUGACAUAAAAACUUUCAUUCAGAGAGCAGAGAGUCUCAAAACUGUAAGCACUUGUUGAUCUCUGCAUUGUAUUUGAAUUAUAAAAUUCAAUUCUUUCUUUAAUGAGGAAAUGGAAAAACUGUGACAUUGUAUUAAUCUAGGUUUGUAAACUCAAGCUGUCAAAAGAAAGAUAAUCAUAUUUGUAUGCUCUAAAUUUCAAACUAAGUUAUUCACAUUUCCAACAGACUUUCUAUUGCCCAAAUAAUUCAUGAUGAUUAUGGAACAAAUUAUAGUUUCUACUACUAAAACUUUCUCAAAUGUAAACUUUUUAUAAGUUUUAAUUUUCAAUAUUAUUUAAAAUCUGCCACACUGAUGAUUUUCACUAGCAAAAUCAUAGCUCAUUGCUUUGAAUGCGUUUCUUAGUAGGAUCCACAUUUCAUGUUUUUCAGAGUAAUCAUAUAGAAUUUCCCUUACAGGCCACAUGGAAAAUUUGAAGUUCAUAACUUCUAUUUCAUGCCAACUGUAUCAAUUGCUGUAAUGUAUAAUACCUUUAGUGAACAAUGUAAUCUCUCAUUUGCAUCUUGUGUGUUUUUUAAUUUUAGACAUCAUGCAAAGUAGUAAGUUUCUUUUUUAUGGCAUUUCUAUGAAAAUAAAGCAUUGUAUUGAUUAUUCUCACCCCCAAUACUGUUCUCUUUCCCCUCCCCAAUUCCUUCUUCCCUUACUGGACUGUCCUCCCCUAAAGUAGUCUCUUUCUCUACUUCAUGUUGUCACAGAUACUCUAUUACCCUUUAGAUAUCACUCUCCCCUCUCUUAGUCCUCUUUCUACUUGUGUACACAUAUUAUAUUCAUAUGUGUAUUUAUACAUAUGUAACACACAUGUAAGUUUAAAUAUAGUUUCUUUCUGCAUAUGAGAAGAAACAUGUAUUAUUUGUCUUUCUGAAUCUGACUUUUUUUGCUUGAUAUAAUGAUAUCCAGUUUCAUUCUAUUUUUGAAGAUGAAAAAUAAAAUAACCUCAUUUUGUAACUGAAUAAAAUCCCACUGCUUAUAUGCACUAUA